AUGGCGACCCACGUGACCGCGGAGCCGGUGGGCGUGGCCUUCCUGCCGCAGCCCGAGCAGCAGCUGUUUUUUGACGAGGCGGCGGCGUGCAUCCACCUGGUGGAGGGGCGCAUGAUCACCGCAGUCGCCCUGCCCUCACCAAUGUACGGCGGAGGCGCGGCGGUCGCCGCGGCGGCGGCCGCCAGCCUCUCCCGCCUCUCCCUCUCCUCCUCCUCCCCCGACCCCUCGGGCUACGACUCCGACAGCAGCGUGGCCUCCACCACCGCCAGAGCCUUCCUGGUCAGCGAGGGCCCGCCGGUGCGCCACAUCCGCAGCAGCCUGGAUGGCGCCUUCACCGCGCUGCACCGCUCGGCGCGGCUGGUGGAGGUGCACUGCCACGCCACCGGCAACAUGUUCAUCGAGACGGCGGGGGCAGACAAGCAGGGGCGCAAAGGGUGCGACCCGCGCCUGCUGGGCUUCUUCUGGACUGCCGCCCAGUUUGUGAUGGUCACGGCUGGCGGGUUAGAAAUCCACUUGGUGCACCCCUCGCUCCAGGGCCUGCGCAUGGAUGCCACUGUGCCGCUGCAGGGGGUGCAGUGGUACACAUACAGCCCCGAGACGCACAUGGUGGUGCUGGGGUUUGGCAGCAGCGGUGCCAAGCUGCAGGCCAUCCAGUUCAGCAAGGCGGGCACCCUGAAGCUGCCGCUGCUGGACCUGACGCCCCCCUGGGGCAGCCCCAUCCGCCCCGUGCAGGCCGCCGCCGUCAGCGCCGCGCUGGAGGGCUUCUCGGCGGCGCGCGGCCAGCCCGAGCGCCUGGUGGCCCCAGACACGUGCUGGGUGGUGGUGCUCUACGGCCGCGUCUUCUGCGCCCACCACGACCGCGGGGCAGGCCUGCUGCGCCUCUACCGCAUGUUCAGGUGCGGGUCGGCGGCAGACGCGGGCCCGCUGCUGCCGCGGGAUGCCACCUCUCUGGCCCACCAGUACGAGGUGUAUGCGCGGCAGCUGGAGCUGUCGGUGGUUGACAAUGUGCUGCUGGUGCACCACAUUGACAGCGCUGUGGUGAUGCUGGUGGAUAUCAUGGAGGCAGGGCCCGCGCCUGUCAGCAGCCCGCUGCCGCUGGCGGUGCCGCUGGCCCGCGGCGGCGCCGACCCCGAGCCUGGCGCGGGCGAGGCUGCGGCGGCUGGGGCUGGCGCGGAUGCCGGGCGGAGUGGUGAAGAUGGCCAGGAGGCGGCUGCGGAGCAGGAUGCGGCGGCGGGCGAGGCGCCAGAGCUUCCGGUGUCGACGGGGGGCGGGGGGGAGGUGCCAGCUGGCGCCUCGGGGGCGGCGGCGGCGCCCGCCCUGCAGCUGCACUACCCGGCCUGGCUGGUGGAUGGCGGCGCUGGGCUGGUGUACCGCCUGCAGCUGGACCUGCGUGCCGUGGCAGACAGCCAGUCGGACUACCUGCGCCUGCUGGCCUUCCUGCAGCGCCGCCGGCCGUCUGGGGUGCCGCGGCGCGACCCGGCAGGCAUCACGCUGCGCGUGCUGCGGGGGCUCAUGCAGGACGAGGCGCAGCUGCCGCUGCUGCGCAGCGCAUUUGAUGUGGUGAACGCGUAUGGCGGUGAGGGGGCCAGGGCGCAGCAGGGCGGCCGCGGCGACGGGCGCGCGCCGCACCGGCAGCCCUGCCUGACCCUGCGCCCGCCCUACGCGCAGGACGUGUACAGCUCUGCGUUUGCGGUGCUGCGGGCGCGGCAGGCGGCGUCACCCGCCUACCUGCGCGCCGCGCUGGCCGAGUUUGUGGCGUCGUGCCACGCGCACGGCGCCCCCCCCGCCCCCUCCCUGGCCUCCUUGUAUGUCGACCUACUGUUGGACCAGGGACACGCGUACCUGGUGGCGCCGCUACUGCUGUCGCACCCGCAGCUCGACUCGGAGCUGCUGGCUGAGCAUGUGGAGGCGGCAGCAGCUGGCGGCCGGCUCCCCCAGGGCGCGCAGCUGGCGGAGCAGCUACUGGUGCGCCUGGGAGCGCACGCAGCGCGCUGCCGCCUGCUGCUGCGGCUGGGCAGGGUGCGGCAAGCUCUGGUGCUGGCCAAGCGGCAGCGCCUAGUACGGCAGCUGGCACCAGAGGUGCUGCUGGAGGCUGCCGCGGCCACCGGCGAUGCUGUGCUCCUUGCGGCCGCUCAGCGGCUGUUCAGGUUGAACAGGGCCUAA